AGCUGAUGAAAUAUCGUCUUCAUGGUUUCAGUUAAUUAUAUCUGUGAACGUAAAUUAUAAUCAAGAUCUAGAAGAUACAGUGAAAUGGUUCAUUUUUAAAUGUGCUUCAAAUAAAACAUGCAUAAGACUCAAGAAACAGAAGAAGAUUUUGAUUGUAACCCUGAUAAGAACACUAAGGUCAUGACAGCAACUAGUAACCAUGACAACUCACCCGAGGUGAAACUUCCAAGGAGAAAGUCAUCAGUAUGGGUUCUAGUGAAGAAAAAGAUGAGUGUGACAGAGGAAGGGGCAACGCCCAUUCAAUGGAAAAUGAUUAUUUUGGUAUUUGUUUCACUUUUUGGCAGUGCAUUCAGUCUGACAUUCCUGUUCCCAUUUUUACCUGAAAUGGUUUUGUGGUUUGGUUAUGAAGAAGAAGACAAGGGAUACUAUGCUGGAUUGAUAGCCUCAGCUGUGUUUCUUGGAAGGGCUGUAGGAAGCUAUUUUUGGGGAUGGCUGUCAGACAAGUUUGGAAGAAGGCCAAUAAUUCUGAUUACAGUAUUUCUGAAUGGAUUAUUUUCGUUAGCGUUUGGAUUUACAGUGAACUUCCCUAUGGCUAUGAUUACCAGAUUUCUUACAGGAUUAGCUAAUGGAACUGUGGGUACAGCUAAAACUGUGAUAUAUGAAAUUUCCGACAACACUAACCAAGCUGUUGGCAUGUCAAUAUUAUCCAUGGCAUGGGGAGCAGGGCUUAUUUUAGGUCCAACUUUUGGAGGUUUACUAGCAAAUCCAGUUGAGGAAUAUCCAUCAGUGUUUGGUGGAUCAGAGUUCCUGAAAGAAUUUCCAUACCUGUUACCAGGGUUACUUGUAUUUAUAGUAUGCACUUUAGUGACUAUUGUGGAAUUCUUUGCAUUAGAAGAAACUUUACAUAGCAAAAGAGAAAAUUUAGAACUCACCAUAGAGGAAAGAAAAUUAAACACUCUUGAUAUUAAUCCAGAUGAAGAUAUUACAAUCUUAGUUGAUGAUGAGGAGGAUAAAAAAUCUUUACAAAGUUUUUCUAGUCAGAAAAUUCCCAAAAUAUCUAUGUCCGUUGAAAAUCUUCAUUUAGAAAAUGAAGCUGCAUAUUUUCACACUCAGUAUAGUGCUCUUUCCAAAGAGUCUCUCAACAGAGAUAAAAAACAUAUCAAUGAAACAGAUUCAGUUACAGAAGACCAAGAACACAGCACACUGCUACAAGACAGCGGUCUUAAAAGUAGGAUAAACAAUGGACAUUCAACGUCUUCAUUUGUGAAGCGGACUAAUUCCUUAAAUGGUUCAUGCCAUGCUGAUUCCACAAGAUCUUUAAAUGGUUCUUGCCAUUAUAGUUCUAAAAAUAGCAUUCAAUCAUCUCCAAAGAACUGUUGUAAUGGACAUGAAAUAGUUGAAUUUUCAAUGAAAGAAAUUGAAGAGAAAAAGACAAGAAAUGUUUUUGUGAGAUGCUGUAAGGUGAUUGGAGAGAUGUCUUUAUUUAGACUUUUAAGUCAAUCAGAUAUCAGACAUCCAGUAUUUUUGUAUACAAUUUUUUCCUUUGCUGUGAUUGGUUAUGAAGAAAUUUUUACAGUUUGGUGCUCAACAGAUCCUUUGUUAGAUGGUUUGGGAUUUAACCCAGGAGAAAUAGGAACUGUUCUUGGUUUGUCAGCAGUACCACUUCUAUUACUUAAUGCAUAUGUUUUUCCAUGGUGUGCUCGAAGGUUUGGCAUUAAAAAGACUUUCCUAGGAGGUUCUAUGAUUAUGAUGGUUCUCACAGCAGUACAACCAGUAGCACAUUUAUUAUAUGACAGACGACCAGAGUUAUGGGCCUCCUUGUUAGUUAUCAUUCUGCCGUUAAAGAUAGCUGUAAGUUGUUGUUUCACAGCUACAGCAAUAUUUGUGAACAAUUCUGUAGAGCCUAGUGAGGCAGGAGCAGUCAAUGGUAUCGCCAUGACAGCCACAGCUAUAGGAAGGACUUUGGCCCCAACAGUAGGAGGAAGCAUAUUUGCCUGGUCCAUCAGCUAUGGUGCCAAACAUCUUGGUCCACCAUUUGAUGUCAGCCUUUCCUUCUUUUUCAUGUCUCUGUGUUGCUUUAUUACUAUAAUCAGUGCUGUUACCUUACCAGAGAGACUGACAAGACAAAAGAAAUGAGAAGAUGAACAAAUUAUGAACUGGAAUAUUGAUGUAUUGAAGAAAAGAGGAAGUAUUACAGAAAAAUAGGGGAAUAAUAUUCUAACAUGAAAGGGAUUUCAAGACAUGUGUACUUUUAAAACAGCAAGAUCAUUAAAUCUAUACUACUAAAAUAAAGAGGUCCAAUUUGUUAGCCGGCAUGAUGUAAAAACGACGGAUCAAAGAAAUCAACUUUAUAUGUAAUUAAUAUAGGACAAUAGUGUUGUUUAAAAAUUACACCAUUCCAGGCCCUUUUGUUUUCAACAUAAUUAAUAUUACCAAUAAUUAACAACUUCUGGGUCGAAUCUGAUACCGAUACCAAUGGUCUAUGUCACAUGUAGUUUUCGGUAUUUACCAAUUACCUUCUGUAAAUCCCUCCUCUAUUCUUCCAGUAGUUGUUUUAUAUCUGUUAAAUAAUAGUUCACUAUAGAACACUAUUUAACAAGUCUGUUUUCUUCCACCUCAAUACCACUAAUAAUGUGGGUUAACUAGUUAGAAAAUUAAAUUUAGUUUAUAGUAAGUUUAUUGUAGUAAGUAAACCAGGACGGUUUCAAACAGAAAAAUCCAGGCUAAAAAUAAGGCAUAGGUUCUUUAAUUCAGUUGGGACCUGCGAUAUCGCAGGUGUAUUCUAGUAGACCACAAAAAAAAAGAAGAAUAGAAUAACAGGAAUUACUUAGAUAUAUUUGAAAUUCAAGUACUACUGUACACAGAAAAAAAUGUGCAUGGCAAUAGACGUACAUGUAUUUACGUCUGUCUCAGAAUAACCUUCUGACAUCAUGCAACAAUCACUUUUAAAUUAUGACCAAGUGUUUUUAUUUGUGAUACAACAUUAUGCUGCUUUUGCAGGAACCUGUGUAACUUUUUAUUGGCUGACAAAUUUUUAUUUAAGUGUAAAUAGGUCUAUUGAUUUAAAAAAAAAUUGACACCAACUGAAAUAAAUGAAUCUUAAGUUUGCUUAAAUUUAACACAGUUAUAAUGUGAUCAUUGAUUUGGCUGUGUGUCAAGUGUUUGAAUGUUGUAUUAACCAUGACAUAUGUCUCAAGAGGAAGAUGAUUUAUUAACAUUACUAUGGGAGUAUAUAUAUAUAUUUAUAUACUGUAGAUUCAUUUGUAUUUGUGGAUAGUGAAAAAAUUUCUAUUUUCAUGGAUAUUUGAUUUUGUGAUUUUGCUAAUGUCUGCAAACAAGCCUAUAAUUAUAGAUUAUCGUUGGUUAUCUCAACGAGAUUGAUUUUCUCGCUUGAGCUGGUAGGGUGAAAGCGAGAAAAGCAAUCGAUUUGAGAUUACCAAUGAUAAUCUGUUUAUCGCUAUUUUACCUAUGAAGACGUUGUUAAUUUCCUUGCGAAAAUUGAUAUCCCACGAAUAAUAAUGUAUCAACAGUACAUGAUAUGAAAAGUGCAAUAAUAUUCAAGCAUGAUUUAUGGAGUUAACUUUUUGAUGAGACUGUGUUCAAUAGGAAAAUGUAUUGUAAUUAUUUGAGUGUUAAUAUAUUAUUAUAUAUAUAUAUUAAAUAUAUUGGAUAUAAUCUUAUUGUCAUUGGUGCGUUGUUGAUGUUUAUCUAUAUUCUUAAUUAACUUAAAAAUGAGUAAUUUAUGUGAAUUAUGGUUAUUAAUCAAUGUUGUAUUUUAGUACAGAAAUUAAGGUUUAUAGUUAUAUACAUGUACACAAUGAUUUCCAUACAUUGUUACAUUACAUAUUUUUUCAUAUAAAUUAUUUCAUUGGUUUGGAUGCUGUCAGCUGACUUUAGUAAAAUUUAAAUAUUUGAUUGGCCCCUUAUGAUUGAUCUCUUUGUAAUAAAACAGUGACAGGCUUUUGUAUUGGUCAAUAUAUCAUUAAAUCCAUAAAUGAUUUAUGAUUAUAAUAAAUAACAAUGAAAAAGAAAACUUAACUGAGGUCAUAUCUGUCAACUCAUGAAAUUGGAAAAUUAGGUCAUAACCUGAAAUGGACUGAAAAAAUUAGGUCUAAACCUGAAAUGGAUUGAAAAAAUUAGGUUUUUACUUCUGAUGGUUGAACCUUUUGCUGAUUCAAGAAGCAUAUAUGUAUUGUGAUCCUAGCUUACUUUUAUACAUCAAUUAUAUCUGUGACUCCUCUAUUACUACAAACUUUAAGUAAAUUUUAGCCCCUAAUAGCAUGAAUAACGUUAUCGGCAACGCCUACUUUAUUUUUUUAUCAAAUUAUUUUCUGAAGUUUCCUAUAAGGGAUAUGAGAGGUAAGCUCAGCUUGCUGAUUUUUUUAUUUUUCUAUUUUGUUGAAAAAUAAAGUAAAUUUAUGACUGUGGAUUCAUGUAUUUUUGACUUAUUUUUCGUGGGUACCAAUUUUCGUGGAUUGAGAAUUCUUGCAUACAUUAAUAUUUGAUUUCGUGGUUUUGCCAAAGUCUGCAUACAUUUCUAUAUAUAGAUAUAAGAAGAUGUGGUAUGAGUGCCAAUGAGACAACUCUCCAUCCAAGUCAAAAUUUAUAAAAGUAAACCAUUAUAGGUCAAAGUACUGUCUUUAAUACGGAGCCUUGGCUCACACCAAACAGCACACUAUAAAGGGCCCCAAAAACUACUAGUGUAAAACCAUUCAAACGGGAAAACCAAUGAUCUAAUCUAUAUAAAAAACGAGAAACGAGAAACACUUAUGAACCACAUCAACAAACGACAACUACUGAACAUCAGAUUCCUGACUUAGUAAUUCUCUGAAUAUUUGAAGUUGUGGUUCUACUGUACACUGUUACCUACGAAAUCCCCAAAAAUUGGUAUCCAACGAAUAAACGUGAAUCACAGUAUCAAAAUAAAUACCUCAAUAGAAAUUAAAGUACACAGGAACAGAAAUUAAAGAACACAGGAAAAGUAACUGUAUCAAUUAAAUAUUGACAUUUCGAUUGAGAACAUGAUAUUUUAUAACUUUUAUUUUGAUCCUAUUGACUGCAAUCAUGCAUGAUAACCUUUAUUCUAACUUCAAUGAAUGAAAAUAUGUAUUGUGACUUUUAUUUUCACUCCAUUUAAUCAAAAAAUAUAUGAUAACGGGUGACAUUUUAUAUUUCUAGUCAUUACAUAACCAUUAGAUGACAUAAUCAGUAUCUGGGUUGAAGUCCUUUUAGUAACCUCAUAGAAUAUGUUGAUAUACAAUUAUGCCUAUGGCUUAAAACAAUAACCUUCAAUAAUUCUUUACUUGUAUAAAUUUUGUAUUGAAAAUGAACCUAUAAAAACCAAAUAACGUUUACAUUCAUUUUAUUCAAAAUGUUUUGAUCAAAAUAUGUCAAGAUUUUAUACAUGUAUUCUGUGUUGAUCAGUUUUUAUAUAUUUAAGUCUUGUAUAAACUGAAUGUUUAUUUCUAGUUUUGCUAAAGUAGUUCAGUGCUUGUUGAAUUUUUUUUUAAUCUUUUAUCACUUGUCUCAAAUAGUUAUUGCCUUUUUUUUUUGGUUAUUUUGUUUGUUUUUUAUAUUUUUAUUAUGAUAUGUAAACUGCAUAUUGUUUUGUAAAAUAUAUUAGUUUUAAUAUCAAUGUAUUGUAUGACACUAAUGACUAGUAAUUUAUUACUUAUCUUAAGUUUAUAAUGAAAGUGAUUGGGAUGAAAUUUUACCAGCAAGCCAUAUCAGCAUUUUGAGGAAAACUUAAUUGUGUUUGGCCAUCCUUCAGUAUUCUCUUUUAAUUUUACUUUUAAUUUUGCUUUUCUAUAUAUUGUGACAAUUUUCUUGAUAUUUAAUGUAUUUUGUUAGUUAAUAUGUACAAGGGUAGUUGUUUUCAUUUUUAUCUGAAUGUGGGAGUUCAGUGUAUUUGUAAACUGAAACUUGAUCAUUUAUUGUCUGGCGACGAAACUUAUGUCUCAGUAUGGAAGACAUAGGGAUGUUAAAACGGCGGCUGGCAGCAGUGUAAACUAUUUGCAUAAAGCAUUAUAUAUAAGAUAGUAGAAGACCUGAUUGCUUCAUAUCCUGUAUAUAGAUGCUUCAUGUUAUGAAUUUUCCUUCUGAUCUAUGUUUUUUGUUCUCAUUUUCAUGGCUAAGCGACUGCUUGAAAAAACUUUUUUUUGUCAUGUAAAUUUCCCGCUUAUUAUGCAUAAUAAAUUUAGGCCAUUCAAAAAAAUGCCUAUUUUCUCAGGCCACUUUUUUAAAAUAUGGAUGAGAAGGGAGGCCUUUUUCCUUUUUUUUUUCAGAAGAAGAAAGUCUUUCUUUUUUUAAAGAAAUUUCAUCAAAUCCACUGCUUCAGCUGUCUAGAUAUAUCUUAUCAAUCAUGGUCUGCUUACCCACCUAGGGCACAAAUGAGUAUUUUCAAGAUGAAGAACUCUUGGUAUGAGUUUUGAUAAACUAGAUAUACCUGUUUCAGCAAAAAAUGUUCAUGACCUGAAAAUUGACAUAUUUUAAUAUGGGUCACUAAUCCUAUUUCUCAGGAAAUGUCCAUCCAUUUGGACUUCCUUGUCCAUUUUUUAAGGAAAAAAUCAAUUCUGAUAAGUUACUUUCUGAGGAAAAGUUGAAUAUGAUGCACCAUAUGCAUGGCAUCAAAACUUUGCUCGUAUGUGAGAUUUGGUAAGGAAAUUAAAAUCAUCUCGCUCCACUCUAUGAUGUCUAGUCAAUGUUAAAUAAUUAACAGCCUCAAUAGAAAUGUAACUUUUACAUUUUCGUCAAGCGCACAUACGACUCUGUUAAGUUAUUCAUAAAUACAAAAUCAUUAUCGGACCUGAUAUGAAAAAAUGCCGGUUUUUUAUGAAAAUAAAAAUCGUUGUUGCAGGAGUGUUUUUAGGAAUGCGACGGGGCCUGAAAUCUAGUUUUUUUUGUUUUUGUGGCCAUAUAUAAUAAUAAUAUUUGGUAUAUGGAAUCCUUGCAAGGUCUACAUGUCUGUCAGGCAGUGUUUGCUUGACCUUUAACUUAUUUGUUUUUAAGAUACAGGGAAUAGUUCAAAUAUAUUUGGUUUAUGGAAUGAUUGAACAGUGUUUAUGUCUGUCUGUCAGGUAUUAUCUGACCUUGACCUCAUUUUCAUGGUUUAUUGGUCAAUGUUACAUUUCCAUAGUUAGUCUUUGUCUCCCAUACUAAAAGCAAUACUGAAUAGGCCAUCUAUAUUUGUGUGUGGGAAGAUUGAAAGUUGUACUGGGUCUAUCUGACCUUGAUCUCAUUUAAAUUGAUCAUUGAUAAUGUUAGGUUUAUGUGAUACUUUUAAUAAAACCUUUUAUCUUCAAAUCUAUUAGCCCAAAAUCAAUCAGGACCAGUAAAGCAGGCAAGACAUUUCUGUGUGUCCACUCUUUUUUUAAAAUCCAGUAUAGCAAAAAUUGGAUUAUAAUAAAACAACAACACCUUAACAUGAAUUAUUUUUUUCAAAUAAUGACAAAACUACAUUAUGGUGACAGGUUGCCGUCCUAUAUAAUAUGCCAAAUAUAAAUCCCUUUUUACAUUAGAUAAUGAAAAAUAGAAGCUAUAUUUUUAUUCCAAUAGAAGAAAACCAUCCAUAAGAAUAUAUCAAAAUGUUGUUUUAUGUGUGAGAGAAUGAUACUGUUUUAUUUUCAUGUCUAUUUCCUUGUAUACCAAAUAUUCCUGAAGUAUUUGGGUAAGGUUUUAACCUGAUGCACAAAACAUUAACUUGCAGUCUUCUAAAAUUAAACCAAUUUCUGGCUGGUUUUCUUUAUAGGCUUAAUUUUUUACCUUCUUUCCUUACUCGCUUUUUGUUCUGGUUGUUUUUUCAUUGUAACUAAUAUGUUAUUACUGUAUGGAAGAAAUAUUUGUCAUUACAUGAUGUAUUUUUUAUGGUUUUAUAUGCCAAAACCUUAAUUUUUUUUAGAAUAAAUGAUAAAAUUUUAUGUAAUCUAUAUUUUGUUAUCUAAUUAACUAAUUGGUUGUUAUGAAUCAUGUUCAGGGAUUACCGUAUGUGUUUUGUUAAAUCAGUAUCUUUUUUUGUGCAAGUUAAGUAUGUGUUCAUUGUUAAGUUUCCUGGUGAUAUUUCAGUUUAAUAUAAACAUUCUAUGUUGAAGUUCUGUUGUCAUGAGUUGUCAACAACAACAAAAACCAAAAGAUGUUGUAGUUCUGUUGUCAUGAAUUUUCAAAAACAAAAAAACAACAAAAUGUUGUAGUUCUGUUGUCAUGAAUUUUCAAAAACAAAAAAACAACAAAAAGUUGUAGUUCUGUUGUCAUGAGUUGUCAUCAACAACAAAAACAACAAUACUUACCCUCUAAAAAUAAAGUAUUGUUGUUGUUAUGUUGUCUAUUAUUUUAUGAAUUCAAUAAAUGGUAUUUAGAUUUCUGUUCGAGUCAGAUUCAUAAUUUUCACUUUUGCUAUGUGAUUUUAAACCAUUGGUGCUUUAUGAACUGCCAUGAUUUGAAAAAAAAAGAACCAAACAUAUAUUUUUAUAAAUAAAUACCUCUUUAUUAAUCAAAAAAUAAUUGAGGAUUUUUUAUUUUCUGUACUUUAUUAUUUUGAUUAAUCCCUGAUCAUUCAGAAGCAUUAGUACAUAAAAGGUCAACAAUAACACUGUUUACAUGACGGAGUUGUUAUUUAUUGAGGUUAUGUUAUGUAUUGUUGUAUUGAUAUAUUUUAUUUUGCAAAAUGCUACUGAGGCUUUUUUAAAAGUAAAUUACCAAUUAAAAUUUUAUAAAAAAGCUA